AACGCUAACGCGCUGCGGAGCAUACGUGUCAUCUCACGCAACGCUCUCCGUUACACGCACUAAAUAUUUAUUAAACAAAAUUGAUCACAAACGUCAAACCCACCUUAUAAGUGAUAACAAUCAACAUUACUACAACUCAUGGACUGAAUACUCAAAACGGACCACAGUGCAGUGAAAUGUUAAGUUUUUCUUCAGAGUGCGAGUGUACCACGUACUUUGUUUCGGAAAUGGUGAUAUCGACCCACGGAGAGUGUUUAUGAGACGUUUCGUAGUGAAAUGAAAAAUCUGUGAUAAUGUACACGUUACUGGCUGUUUUUUGUGCGCUGGUGCACGGCGGGUGGUCGCUGCCGCCUUACGGUGACAAGUGCGUCCGAGUCGCGGACAGAGACUCCGAAAAUAGUGUAUUGUGCCGAACACGGACUCUUGACGGCGAUGGAGGCAGCAUCUCCACUGUUUCACCCGAUACCAGUCGCCUCUCCAUCGAGUGUAACCAUCUACUUCUUUUCGAAAGCUCCCUAAAGGCCCGCUACUUUUCACGCAUCACGGGCCUCAGUGAACUCACGAUAAGCAACUGCAAGUUGCUCAAUGUGCCAGACAACACGUUCCAAGACUUGAAUAAACUUAAAAGGCUGAAACUCCGUUCGAAGAAUUUCGAAUGGAGUAAUACCAAGAAUUUAGAGUUAUCUUUGAACUCUUUCAACGGAUUGUCAAAGGUGGAAUCUUUGGAUCUCGCUCAAAAUAACAUCAAAUUCAUUCCUUCCGGCGUUUUCUGCCCAUUGGGAAAUAUGACUACAUUGAAUCUUACCCAAAACCGAAUUAGAACAGUUGGGCAACUUGGAUUUGGCACUGGAUGUGGUCUGAAUGUGCGCAGCUUGGACUUGAGCCGCAACGAGAUCAAAACUCUCUCAGAAGACUCGGAGCUACUCAAACUAAGAAGCCUUCGACAAUUAUACCUGCAAUACAAUAAUAUCAGUGACAUAUCAAGUGAAGUGCUAAAUCUAAACAUACGAGUUUUGAACAUAUCACACAACCGUCUUCAGACCCUACCAGAAGGAUUGUUUAAUAACGCCAGAGAACUGAGAGAGAUUUAUUUGAAUGAUAACUCGCUUUAUGAGUUGUCUCGAGGCGUGUUUCAUCGCUUAGAAGAGUUAAUUGUUUUGGACUUGUCUAGUAAUCAACUCACAAGUAAUCACAUUGAUGAUGGCACUUUCAAAGGACUAAUACGAUUGAUUGUACUGAAUCUAUCAAAUAAUGCCUUAACCAGAAUCGACGGAAAGACAUUCAAAGAUUUAUUCUUUAUGCAAGUUUUGAAUUUGAAGAAUAAUUCAAUUGGUUACAUUGAAGACAAUGCUUUCUUGCCAUUAUACAAUCUACAUACACUCAAUUUGGCUGAAAACAGACUACACACAAUUGAUGAAAAUUUAUUUAACGGUUUAUUUGUACUUAACAAAUUGACUCUCAACAACAAUUUGUUAGUCAAUAUUGAUCGAAAAGCUUUCAGAAACUGUUCAGACUUGAAAGAGUUGGAUUUGAGUUCCAAUCAAUUAAUGGAAGUGCCCGAAGCAAUUUGGGAGUUGUCUUUUCUUAAAACUCUCGACUUGGGGGAGAAUCAAAUAUCGGACUUCAAAAAUGGUUCCUUCAAAAACCUUAACCAAUUAACAGGGCUGAGAUUGAUCGACAACCAAAUUGGAAAUCUUUCCGUCGGCAUGUUUUGGGACUUACCGAGCUUGCAAGUGCUCAACAUCGCUAAGAACAAAAUCCAAUCGAUCGAACGAGGGACCUUUAGCCGGAACACACAGCUGGAAGCAAUAAGAUUGGAUGGCAACUUCCUGUCGGACAUCAACGGCGUCUUCUCGACACUCGCCAGUCUUUUGUGGCUCAACUUAUCGGAAAAUCAUCUAGUGUGGUUCGACUACGCUUUUGUGCCUAGCAAUUUAAAGUGGUUGGACAUUCACGGCAACUUUAUUGAACAUUUAGGCAAUUAUUAUAAAUUACAAGACGAAAUCCGUAUAAAGACAUUGGAUGUUAGUCAUAAUCGUAUAUCAGACAUUUCGGCCAUGGCUAUUCCUAAUAGUGUUGAACUGUUGUUUAUAAAUAAUAACUUUUUAAACAAUAUUCAAGUGAAUACGUUCUUUGAUAAGAAGAACUUAACGCGUGUGGAUAUGUAUGCGAAUGAACUAGUGCACUUAGAUUUAAAUAGUUUGCGAUUAUCAUCAGUGCCGGAAAACAAAAGCUUGCCAGAGUUCUACAUAGGUGGCAAUCCAUUUCAGUGUGAUUGUACAAUGGAGUGGCUGCCUAUUAUAAACAAUAUGACGGCAAUGCGACAAUAUCCGCGUGUGAUGGAUUUGGAAAACGUUCUGUGUAAAAUGACGAACACUCGUAGUGGAACACAUGUGCCGUUAACUAAUCUUAAAACUACAGACUUUUUAUGUAAGUACGAAACACAUUGUUUUGCCAUAUGUCAUUGUUGUGACUAUGACGCCUGUGAUUGUGAAAUGACUUGCCCUCAAAAUUGCACCUGUUAUCACGACCCUUUGUGGAAUACCAACGUUGUAGAUUGCUCCGGUCAAUCCUCCAUGGAAAUACCCAAUAAAAUACCCAUGGACGCAACCGAGGUAUUUUUAGAUGGAAAUAACAUUAGGGAGUUACAAAAUCAUGUUUUUAUUGGACGCCAAAAAAUGAGAUCACUUUACGUGAAUAAUAGUAACGUUGAUAGCAUACAAAAUAGAACAUUUGCCGGCCUAAAUACUCUACAAAUAUUGCAUUUGGGUAACAAUAAACUAAAAGAGCUAAAGGGUUUCGAAUUUCAUCAGUUGAGUAAUUUAAAGGAAUUGUUUUUACAGAACAAUCUUAUCAGCCAUAUUGCAAACAUAACUUUCUUUUCUUUAAAAUCUUUAGAAACUUUACGACUCGAUGGUAACCGUCUAGUCGACUUUGGGGUAUGGAAUUUCAAUAACAACCCUAACUUGAAAGCUCUUUCUCUUGGAAACAACUUGUGGUCUUGUAAAUGUCGCUACCUGCAGGAAUUAACUGCAUAUUUGGCAGAGAAUGCGCAAAAAAUCAUCGACAUAACCGAUGUAUGGUGUUGGAAUGGCGAUGCGAAACCGCCUCAGAAAAAAGAGCUCAAUUUGAACGGUACUGCCUGCAGCGAUUAUUAUGCUGAUAAUUCAGUCAUUGGAAGUAUAUUGGUCUCAAACUAUGUUCCCAUGAUGGUCUUAACACUGACCGGCUUUAUGUUAAUUUUAUUGACGCUUGUCGUACUGUUUCUUUUUAGAGACUCUCUGAGAGUAUGGCUUUACACAAACUGUGGAAUUAGAAUAUUUUCUUUUGCUGGUGCGUUUGAGGAAAAUAGUGAUAAACUGUACGAUGCUUAUGUAUGUUAUAGUCCAAAAGAUGAAGAGUUUGUCGUGCAAUCUCUGGCGUCGAAAUUGGAAAAUGGUAAUCCGUCGUAUCAUCUCUGCCUUCAUUAUAGGGACAUUCCGCACCACGGCGCUCAGUACAUGCAAUGCGCGCCGCCGGUCGUCGAGGCCGCCGAGGCUUCUAAACGAAUAAUAAUCGUCCUAACGAGAAAUUUCUUACAAACGGAAUGGUCCCGAUACGAAUUCCGCCAGGGAUUGCACGAGGCACUCAAAGGUUGCAUUUAUAAGUUAGUUUUAAUAGAAGACUGUACUGUUGUGGCGGACGCUCUUUGUGAUCAUGACUUGCGUCCGUACAUGAAGACUGGCUCUCGUUUAAGAUGGAAUCAGAAAAGAUUUUGGGAGCGUCUGAGGUAUGUGAUGCCAGAGUCGACGCAUCCUAAUCACAAAGGGCGAAGUCACAAUUAUAGGAAAAAUAUAAAUACAUACACGUUAGAUUCAUCCGUGCCUAAUAACGGGAAUCGCACUCUGCCCUUCCCUGACAAAUCUCCAGUAUUGGGUGGGCAAGGGGUGAGUGCGCCUCCCGAAUAUAGUAUCGAAGUACGACAGUCGCCAUCAGCUGUUCGGCAGACUCAAGGAGUCGUGUACGGGCCGGAUGGUAGGCCUAUAUCAGAUCAUAUUUAUUCUUCAAUAGACUCUGACUACUCAUCGUUAGAGCACGGUAUGGCCCCUGGCCGACGGAGGGACAUGCGGCAGUGGCCCCCACCGCCCCCCUUAGUGGACACGGGCAAUACCGUGCAAGCUUACCUAGUCUAAACGGGCCCGUGUGACCCACCCUUCCAGUCAGAACUAUGAAAUUAUGUAGAUUUUAAUCCUAUUCCGCUGUAAAUAUUGUAAUUAUUACUUUAUAAGUGCUAUACCAAAUGUAAUUGAACUACUAAUGCCUGUUCGUUAUUCUGUGUAUAGAAAUGUAAUAAAAUUUUAAAGACUGCUGUAGUAUAUUGUAUUGUAAAUAGCAAAAACAAGUGAUCAUAGUAUAAUAUCAGUAAUAUGGCGUUAUUUAUACAAAUAAAAUAAAAAUGAAGAAUUUA